GACGAAAUACGUUCCCAGAAUCAUGUAGGUGUGUGGUCAUUGCGCCUGCCAAUUGUUUAAUCGAGUGAAAAGACAGGUCGUUACGGUCUUUUUUUCGAAGUCAGAGCAAUUUUACUUUCCGAUGAAUAAUUGUUUACGUGUGUAUUCAACUUUCGAGAGGAUCCGGAAGUACAAGUCAAUUACCAAUUAUUCAUUCGCGAGCGGUGUAUGCUUUUUCUACCUGUUUGUGUCGUUCCUCUUUAAAAACAUGUUUCAUGCUUUCUUAAAAUUGUAAGUAGAUCUAGAUCUAUGUAAAAAGCAUCUGCGUGGCUGUCACGGUUGCAUGACCGUAUGUUACAUUUUUAACACACCAGAAUAUAUACAUCGAUUACAAGUUCGUGUGCAUACUUCCUAGAAGUGUAAAUGGCAUAGGCCUACUAUUUUCAAACAUCUAUAAGUUUGACUUAAUUUCUACGUGAGGCUUCAGUUUGCGCCUUCAGUUUGCGCCUUCGUUAGGCCCAAUAAUUGUACUUCAAUAUCAAACGCGUGCUCUUAUUUGAUUCUAAGUUAUUGUGUAUUUUAUAUCUAGAUGUGUAAGUCGUUCCACUGUUGAAACUCAAUAAAUACAGUAUCCGUCGACUGUGAGCAGUUUAUUGUGCACAGUGUGUGUGAUGAAUUAAUUUACCAGCAGACCGGCAAAUGUACAUCGAUUACUGUUUCACACUUGUGCUUAAUUAGUGACUGUGGACUUGCUCGCGUUCCCGCUGUGUUUUAUCUCUUCUUCGUGCUGUGAAAAUAAAGUGGCGCUUUGCCUGGGUGUGCAAAGUUGUAGACUGUCCCUUUCCGAUAGUAUGCCAAGUGCACGUUGUUUGCUAGGCAAACGUCUACUGGAGUUGCUUCUCUGAUCAUCUGAUGCUGAAAAUUAAGUGAUGCCCAGGCAUUGUUUCAUGGGUUUGAUUCUCGUGCUUUGAGGAAGCGAGAAGAACACCGGCCCCCUUUUGUUGUUCUCUGUUUUCGUUUCGGAUAAUUUCGCUGCAUGAUGAGAGAACAGCAGCCCGAGGGGGACCGCCCCAUGAGGAUAAUCGCCAGGUUCGGGGGACCCAAGCCUCGAGCCCCGAAGGUCAGCUGAUGACUGAAGACGGUAACUCGGAGACAGGUCUGCGACAGCUCAAAGAUGUCUGCCGGCAGCUGGGCGUGGGCAGCUCAGGUGUCCUUAACCUUGCUGAGUUUGGCUCCGUCUGCGCCUACAUCGGCAUGGGUGACUUCAAAGACCAGGAAAUGUCCGAGCUGUUCUCCAGAAUGGACGCUGAUAAGGACGGCUACAUCUCCCUGUCCGAGCUGAUCAACGGCCUGCCUCCGACCUCCACCUUCCCGUCCAGCUCCGCGGCGUCGUCCUUGAGGUCCGGCUCCCGGUCCCGCGGCACCACCCCUCGCUCUCGCAGUCACUCUCGGAGUCAGUCCCGCUCCCGGGGAGACGAGAGAGGCGGCACACCGGCCAGGAACAACACGCCGGCGCAGUUUGUCAGCGGGGACUUCGCCGGCCUUUUCUCCUCCUUGGACUCCAGUUACGAUGGCUUUGCAAAGGCCGAAGACAUUGUGGAUUUUUGGGAAGGUUUGGGUAUCACCAAUGGCUCAGACAUUUUGCUGUCCUUAGGCUUCAACCCCCACGGCAAGGUGAAGCUCUCCGACCUGACCACUGCACUGGACCAAGAACUGACCAACCCCAGCGCGCCAGAGCCUGUCCACCAUGCUGCCCUCAUCUGCUACCAGCAGGAAGUUCGACACCUCAAGACUGUUGACCAGCGGUACCAGGAGCAGGUGAAGUCCCUGCAGACGGAGCUGGACAAGGAGCGAGAGGCGGGAGCGGCCCAGGCGGCCAGGCUGAGGGGUCAGCUGGAGGAGGCGCAGUCCAGGGCCUCUCACGAGGAGCAGAAGUUGGCGGAGAGGGUGGCCAGGGGACAGAAGGAUAUUUCCCGUCUGGAGAAAGAGCUACUGGAGUCAUGUGACCAACAGCAAACUCUGGCCAAGCAGAACGAACAGCUGAAGAAUGACUUGCACCAGAAGUUGGAUCUGGUGGACAGGUCAACUGUAGCAGAGGACCACAAGCAAGAACUGAUGGAGCUUCAGCAGCAACUGGACAGGAAGCAGGAGGAGACAAAGAAAUUGAAAGACGAUAAUGAUGAACUGUUGGCCCAGCUGGAGGAAGUGAGACAGAAACAUCAGGCGGUCCAGAGACAGGGUCAGACCAUCGACAGUGCCAGGUCAACAUCCACCCCCACACAGUCCCGUAUCCCGGUCAUGCGGGGCUCUGACGUCACCACAAAGCCACACCGGGCUGGGUCAGUGUCCUCCGUGGACAUGUCAGAGACAGAGGAGGAAGACAACAUCAGCGUGGCCUCAGCGAGGGGAUUAAAGAGUCACCCCCGCGGCAAACGUCCUAAACUGGGAGGGAGCACACAGUCUCUGGAUAUUAUGGACUUCAUGGAGGUUCCAAGCCUGAGCAAGGAGCUCAGCCAACAACAGGCUGAGGAGAUGCUGGAGCGAGAGAGGAAGGACAUGGAGCAGCGCUACCGCCUCGAGGUCACCAACCUAGAGGAGAAGCACAACACGGAGAGAAAUAAGAUUCUGGGAAACUUCCAGCAGGAAAAGACUGUCAGAGGCAGAGUCUCACAUUGAGAGUAGCGAGAAAGUGGAGCACAUUGUGCAGAAAUUGGAAGCUCAGCUGGCUCAGUGCCAAGAUGAACUCGGUGACCUUGAGAACCAGAAGUCAGAGUUGGGUAUCCAGCUGCGACAGCAGGAAGUGACCUUGAGGCAUGAAUUUGAGGAGGAGCGACGCAAUCUGGCGGACCGCUUCUCCCGUGAGUUGGAGCAAAGGCAGAUGAGUCAUCGCUACCAGAUGGAGCAGCUUUUCUCCAAGGGUGCUGAAAGCCUCACCGGUAAGCUCCGCGACGACUUCCUUUCUUUGGUCCGCAAGCACACAGAGGAGGAAGUGGGUCGCUCGCAGGCAGCCAUCCUAAACCAACUGCAACAGGACAGGAGUGGUAUUGCCGCAGCCCUGGAGCAUGAAAAGUCUCAGAUUUUUGAAGCAGCGGAGAACCAAAAGUUGGAGCUGAUGCAGAAAUAUGAGACUGAGAUUUCUUCUCUGAGGACAGAGCUAGGUCAGCUACGGAUACAGGUAGAGGCAGAGAAACAGGCCAUAGCGGAGGCCGCACAGCGCAAUGCUGAGGCCAACGAGCAAGCCUCACAGGAAGUAGUACACAAUCUCCGGAGAGAAAUGGAGGCGGAGCUUGUGCUGGAGUUGGACAAAAUCAAGGAGACGUUUGAGUCUGAGAAACGAGAGCUGGAGACACAGAAGACGCUGCUGGAGGACGAGCUCGGUGAGCUACAGGGCUCGCUAGAGGCAGAGCGGAAGAAGACUGAAGAGAUGAAUGCUCUGAAGGAAACUUUGAAGAUGCUGAGAGCAGAGAAGAAAGAGGUUGAAGGCAUGGUAGAAGGCAUGAAAGAGAAAUUGUUCCAAGCGUACAGGCAGAAGGGGAUGGAGAAUGCAGACUGGGAGAGCAGGCUUCAAGAUGUCAAGGUUGAAGGGAGGAAGAUUGGAGUGGAGGAAGGAAUCAGCAAAGGCAGGGAAGAGGGAAAAGCACAGGGACACAUGGAAGGCUACAGUGAAGGCUUCUCAGCUGGUAGGAAGGAAGGAUAUGAAGAAGGAAAGAAAGAUGGGGAAACGUCAAUGUCUAGGUCACAAGAGGAACUUCAGAGGCAGAUAGAAUCCCUGAAAGGUGACAAGUCUGUUCUGGAAAACAGGCUAACCCAGGAGUGGGAAAGAGCCAACAGAGUCACUCAACAGGCACUUGACAGAGACCAGCUGAAGUCCUCAUUCGACCAGCUCCUUGGGGAGAAACACAACCUGGAGGCUCGCCAUCAAGAGAUGGUGGCUGCCCUGCAGCAGGAGUACGCCGCGGAGAAGGCUCACCUGAUGGAGGAGAUCCGUCGCCUGGAGACGCAGCGGCUACAGCUGCAGGCCAACCGGGCGGCCGUGGAGGCUCACAUGGGCGCUGUACAGCAGGAGCUGGAGAUGACGCAGCAGGAUGUGAAGAAGCUGGACGCUCAGGAGGAUACGGAAACAAGUCACGACCUCCCAGUGGGUGAAAGUGCCCUCCAGGAACAGAUGACUCUGUUGAGCUAUCAGCUGAAAGAGGCACAGACAGCUCAGCAUGAAUUGGGCCACCUCAAGGCAGAAUAUGAGGCUCUGCUUCAGGACAAAAAUGACCUUGAACAAACUGUUCACAAAUUGAGAUCACGGACGUCCGAGGAUGACGCUGCCAAGAUUAAAUCUCAGACGGCUCAAAUUAAAACACUGAAGGAAGAGAAAGAAAAAAUUCAAGCUCUGCUUGACGAGUCCUCUGACCAGCUUGUGAAGGCCAGCACAUCUAUGGCUCUGGCCCAGUCCAAGUUUGUCCGAGAGCUGGAGAGCAUGAAACAGAAGUCCAGGAACUCGGCGGAGAUUGAAAACUACACCCAGCUACAGAUCAGCCUAGUGGAGCACCAGCGACUAGUCAUCACCCUGCAGGACACACUCAGGGAACGGGAAGCCCUGGUGGAGAAGGUCAUUAAAGAUGGGGAGGACGAAGUUCAAAGGAUCUCACAACUGAUGGAAGCAAGGUUGAAAGAGGCCCAGAGUAGAUUAGACAUCAGCCAGGAGCAACUUUUGAAACAUAAAGAGAAAAGCAAACAAAUGCGAAAUACAACAAAUCGGAGAGUGUUAGUGCUGAAAGACUUGUACAUGGAAAACGCUGACCUUCUGAAGUCUUUGGCUGAGAGCGAGGAAAAGCGUCGCAGCUCAGAACGAAUAGGAAGAAAAGUUACAGAGAAAUGUGAAACAUAUAAGAGGACUAUUGACCGCUUAUGUCACACUCUGUCAAGAUGAGAGAAAGUUCAGUCGAGUAUCAGGACUAUGCCAACUGUGGACAGUGCCUUCUGUGAUGUGUUUGUAUAUAAGUUUUGUGAUACCUGUCAGAAAAAAUGUGUCACUGAAAACCUCACCGUGUUAGCUGUCCUUUCUCUAAAGUACUUUUGCAUGCUCUUUGUUGUUAACAGUUUUUUAUCACUCUAUUUCCCUCUUUUUAAUUCAAUUUCUUGUUAUCGUAUGAAGCACUGCUUUCUUGGAUUUCAAAGCUUAAAUUCUUCAAAGCUGUACUUUGUCUCCAUGUUCAUCUCAAAGUUUUAAUCACAUAGUUUGUUGGGUUGUUGUUUUUUUUCUUUUCGAAAUUAUCGAUUUUAGAUAAUGACAAAGGAAAUUGCUGUAAAGACAAAUCAUAUUCAUUUGAUGGUAAUUUUUUAGUAUACAAAAAAUGAAUUCAUUAAGGCACUUUCCCCUGUUGAUUUUUGUUCAUGUAUGUUAUACUUCCUGUAGCUAUUGUAUAUUUACUUUGAUCAUAUGUGAGGCAGUGUGAUGAAAUCAGGCGCUCGUCAAAAUAAUGAAAUAAUGGAAACUGGCACUUCCGCCAGUUCAGCAAUUUUUAUCGAAUUUUUUUUUUUUGACUCAACACCUUUUAUGUCAAUUUAGGAACACGUUUAUGUGU